AUGAUACCAAGUGAUCUCCCAAGCCUUCCCCCAAGUGAUGUGCCAAGUCUUCAACCCAGUGGUUUUCCUAGCAAUUUGCCUAGUUUGUCACCCUCAACAUCUCCAUCCUUGAGUCUUCAACCUAGUGCUCAGCAAUGUUUUCUUGAUCGAUCUAGUGUUGAUGCAGCUCUACUCGAUAUUCCAACUGCCCAAGCUACCUAUGGUCCCAUCCACAGCUGGUGCUUUGAAGAAAUGUCCUUUGACGAACUUUUUUUCUUCGAUAGGACAGGUGAUGACAUGCAGACUUUCUCUCACAGCAUCACUGGAUGGGAUGUUAGCAAAAUCACUGACAUGGGGAAAAUGUUCAGGGGUGCUACAUACUUCAACCAAGACAUUUCUUCCUGGGAUACAGGAUCAGUUACUGGCAUGAAUGGCAUGUUCUAUGGAGCAGCCACCUUCAAUCAAAAUAUUGGUGGAUGGGAUCUCCGGGAAGUUGCACUUACAAAUUCCAUGUUCCGUGAAGCUACCAGCUUUAAUCAAAACAUCGGUGGCUGGACGGUGAGCAAAGUAACACACCUUCAUAACAUGUUCAGAAAUGCCGACUCCUUCGAUCAAGAUAUUUCUGGUUGGGAUGUGUCAAAGGUCACCCUCAUGUAUGCGAUGUUCCAGUAUGCAACAGCGUUCAACCAAGACAUCUCAAGUUGGGAUGUAAGCAGCGUUACAAGCAUGUUGCAAACCUUUAGCUUUGCAACAGCAUUCAACCAAAAUUUGUGUGCUUGGGGCGGAAAGGGGUCAGGGUGGACUAACACGUUUUCGGGAAGUGCUUGCACAGAACAAGGAGACCCAACAUUACAGUCUGAUGGAGUGACAUGGUCUCCUUUGUGUCAUGUCUGCCCAGUUCCGAGUGAAUCUCCCAGUACGGCACCAAGUAUGAGUCCAACACACAGCCAGUUACCAAGCAGUAUCCCCACCAUGACACCCAGCUCCUUUCCCAGCAACAUUCCAAGUACUACACCAAGUUAG